ACCUCCGUCCGUGACGUAGAACAGCGGGUCCAGCCCAUAGCGAGCAGAUCGCUGCUCCGAAGGGUGCGUGCUGUCGGGUGUAGAAAACCAAGCGGCGACUACUGUAGGCGUCUUCAGAACGCCAAGGAUUAUUUCUGUCGCUAUUAUCAUCAACAGCCCGGUCGGAUAUUACAAAUAUGAGAAUAUAAAGCACUCAAGACGGCACUCAAUGGCAAGGAGGGGGGUUUGCUUCCUCUGUUCCUGAGACAGACGGAGAACGUGGAUCAGGGAGUCUGUGUCUGGGAACGAGACGGCUGCUUCCACCAUUUUUCUGUUCCUGGAAACAAAGAGAAAGGAUGGGAUGUUUGGCUCUGACCAUGAGGACACCUGUUCCAAACUCACUAUCAAAGUUCCAUCAUGCCCAGGGCCAUGCCACCCGGGCCCUGGUUUUGGACAUCUGAAGUAGACCUCCCUCUUUGCUGGCCCUGUACCCCCUCGCUGCUCUCCCACCCGCUGUACAUUAACGAUGGACAGCCCCCCUAAACUAUCGGGGGAGACCCUCAUCGUGCACCACAUCCCCCUGGUGCACUGCCAGGUCUCGGGGCGCCAGUGCUGCGGGUCUGCUAAGCCCCCCGCCCCCUUUGCCCCCCCGGGGGCCCUGAGCCUGACCCGCACCACCUCCCUGCCCGAGCAGGACGUCCGCCACCGGGAGGCGCUGGUGUACAGCAGCCUGAUCCAAACUUCCGGCAGCAACAGCAGCAGCUGCAGUGGGGCGGGGCUAGGGGAAGGAGGCGGGGGUGGGGGCGGGGCCAGCCGGGGCCGAGGAAGCCUGGCCAGCGACGACUCCUCCUCCUUCACCUCCAACGCCUCCGAGGAGCCGCCCCCACCUCCUCCAGCUCCGCCCCUCCUUAAAUCCCGGGAGAGGGGCACCACCUUGCGCCACAACCCCUUCCUCCUAAAUGCUGAGGAUGAGGAGGAGGACGAGGAAGGUGGCAACCUGAACGGGUACCUGGAGGACUCCUCCUUCCACCUUCAUGGGAACUCCAAUGCCAACGUCAGUCUCGAUCAGGGGGCGGAGACAUCGCCCUUCCACCUACAUGACUUAGGCUACACCCCCGAGCCCUUCCUUCUACAUGACUCCCUGGGCGGGGCCUGGGGUGCUACCAGCCAUACGGGGGCCACAGAUGGCCAGGAAAGGGGUCGGAUUGGCUCCUCUGGGGCCCAUUCUCAGCUCCAAAGUCUGGGCCUGCCCGGUCUGGAGUCCCGGCGUCACCAUGGCAGCAGUGGCUCAACCUUGUCCAUGGAGUGGGGCGAGGAAGAGGAGGAGGACGAGGACCAGCCGAUGAUGAGCGGCCGAACCUGCAGCUGCUGCUCCAGCUCAGACGCCGCCCCGCCCGCCUCCUGCUCCAGCGGCCUAUCGGAGCCCUUUGCCGAGGAAGGGCUCCACCUCCACCAAGGCUACGGCAGCGACUCGUCCUGCAACAGCUCGGACGGCGUGCUCGUCAACUUCAGCGCCAUCUACAACAAGAUGAACAACGCCGUGCCCGCCAACGCCAAGCCUGCCAACCUCAACGGCUCUACCGAGCAGCGAUCCUGCACCUCCUCUGACGAGCCGGGGGGCGCCUUCUACCUGGACCUCCAGGCCUCCCCCACCGAGCCCCACGCGGGCCUGGACGCCAACUGCAACUCGUACCCCCUGCCGCGCGAGGGCCAGCAGGACCUGACCUCCUGCUUCCAGAGCCAGGUGCGGCUGGUGGUGGCCACGCAGAACUACUACAAGCUGGUCACCUGCGACCUCUCGUCCCAGUCCUCCCCCAGCCCGCUCGGGUCCUCCGUCACCAGCUGCACCGAGGAGCCCCAGGGGGCCAGCCCCACCCAGCCCACCGAGUACUACCUCUUCAGACAGCGGGAGGAGGAGGAGAUGUCCCAGAGGGAGGAAGAGGAUGGAGCGAGGGGGGAGAAGGGGGUUGAAGACCCAGCCCUAAAGGUCAUCGAGGGGCAGGUGUACGUGAACGUCUCCCCGGCCGUCGGCAGCCAGGGCGUGGCCGAGGGCGGAGACAAGGGCCGCCUUCGCUCCCGCAGCUACGACCGCCACCUGGACAAGUCCCCCUCCCCCCGGCUGGGCUCCCUGGAGCGCAUGCUCAGCUGCCCUGUCCGUCUCAGCGAGGGCGCCGCCCACUCCCCGUCCCUGGCUCCGCCCCGCGUCACCUCGUUCGCCGAGAUCGCCCGCAGCAAGAGGCGGAACGGGGGCGCGGCGGCGUGGUUCGCGGGGGCCGCCGGGGGGUCCCCCUCGCUGAGGGCCGGCCCGGAGGAGGCCUCGUCCAGCCAGUCGCUGGAGUUCUCCCCCGUCCCCGAACUCCUCCAGCUCAGUCACAGCCACAGCCUCCCCCCGCUGCCCUUCACCCGCUGCUGCAGCCAGGGCAGCCGUGACACGUCCCCCCACCCCCACCGCAACACCCCUCCCAGGGACCCCCCUGGGGGGGCCCACCAGGAGGCGCGCACCAAAGCCGAAGGGGGCUUGUCGUCGUCGUCGGACGGUCGUCCCGCGGUGGUUCGGUACAGCAAGGACCAGCGGCCGACCUCGCUGCCCAUACAGCCCUUCACCCUGCAUCAGCAGCUGGGGCACCAACCGGGCAAGCUACUGAGGCCACUGCUCACCGAGUACGUCAACAACAUGCAGGGCCGGGCGGGGCAGGACGGGGCCCAUGAGCGCCCCCCGGAGGAGCAGCGGCGCAGAUGUGCCCCCGCCCCAGGCCCCGCCCCCGCCCCUGGCCCCGCCCCCGGCUCUGUCCGCCCAUCCCCGCUGGGCAGCUAUUCCCCCGUCCGCCAGCAGGGGGAGCAGCGCCCCGUGACCUGCUCCACCUGCUCAUCCGGCCCCCGCCCUCCUCGCAGCCUCUCCUGCCCCGUGACGGCCGGCCUCCUCCCCGUCCGCCCCUCCCCCGGGGGUCUGGGACACGCCCCCGAACCCGCGCUCCGGGAGGCGCCUCCUCCCCCGACCCCGCCCCCGACUCCACCCCUGCUGAGGAAGGACCCGCCCACCGCUGCGAUGCCAGCGAACCGCCUCCGCCGUGAAUUUCUUCCCGCUGCCGAAUUCAGCCCCCUGGGACCCCUGGAGCCUGCCCAGCACUGCGGGGGAAGCGAAGCGGGCACAGCCGCGCAGAGCUGCUGCUCAGGACCCCAGGCGCCCAAUGCGCACCACCUCUCACCGCAGGCCCUAAAAUGGCGGGAGUACCGCCGUAAGAACCCCCUCGGGGUGGAGAGGGCCGGCGGGGGGGGCGACUCCGCCGCCCCCCUGUCCAGCAGCCUGGACGGCAGGAGGGGCGAGGGCAGGCUGGCUCGCCGAAACGUGUUCGAUUUCCCAGCAUCCUCCAGCCACGCCCACAGCCGACAGAAUGGCCAGUCCGCCAAACAGCAGCAGAACUACUACAGCGACAUCUUCCCCGACUAUUUCUCGCUGACCGAGAGGCCCCCCGAGGAGUUCUGCCUGUCGCCCGACGCGUCUUCUGAGUCCCUCUCCAUCGACCUGCUGCAGAAGAAGGCACUGGUGAAAGCCAUCAACACGGCGGUUGAUUUGAUAGUGGCUCAUUUCGGUACCAGCCGGGACCCUGGAGUGAAGGCCAAGCUGGGGAACAGCUCGGUGAGCCCCAACGUGGGACACCUGAUCCUGAAGUACCUGUGUCCCGCCAUCCGGGACGUCCUGCAGGACGGCCUGCGCGGGUACGUCCUGGACCUGAUCAUCGGACAGCGCCGGAACGUCCCCUGGAGCGUGGUGGAAGCCUCCACACAGCUGGGCCCGUCCACCCGCGUGCUCCAUGGCCUGUUCUCCAAGGUGAGCCAGUACUCUGAGCUCACCAGCCACAGCAUGAGGCUCAAUGCCUUCAUCUUCGGCCUGCUCAAUUUGCGGUCCUUGGAGUUUUGGUUCAAUCAUCUCUACACGCAUGAAGACAUCGUAGCGGCGCACUACCACCCGUGGGGCUUCCUGCCCCUGUCCCAGGGGGCGUGCCAGCCGCUUUUCGAGGAGCUCCUCCUGCUGCUGCAGCCCCUCUCCCUGCUGCCCUUCCACCUGGACCUGCUAUUCGAACCCGAUCUCCUGCACAGGGGCCAGGAGCACCUGCGGCACAAGGAGCAGCUCUGCUCCACCGGGCAGGGCCUGGAGCAGUCCGCCCGCUCCACCUUCCAGCUGAUGAGGGGGUGGGGCUCCCUGGGGGCGGAGCCAAAGUGGGAGGGGGCUGGGCAGAGGAAGGACAGGGCGGAGCCGAGGCGGGAAGGUUCGAGGACGAGGAAUGAAGGGGCGGAGCCCAGGACAGAAGGGGCGGGACACAGGAGGGAGACGUUCGGGGUCAGGUCCGAGGGGCCGGGCAGGGAGGCCAAGGGGGCGGGGCCAGGGGUAAGAGAAGGGUCGAGGGAACGGAAGGUGACAGAAAUCAGAGGGGAUUCCAGGAGGGAGGCGGGAGGAGGCCUUGUGCAGAGGGCGAAGGGGGUCGGGGGGGAGUCGGGGCCAGGCCAGGACGCCGGGGAGACGGUGGCGGACUGGGGCCGGGACAGCGAUAACGGCAACAGGCCCAGGGACAAGCAGGCGGGCUGGUGGUACCAACUCAUGCAGAGCUCGCAGGUCUACAUCGACAACUCCGCCGAGGGGUCAAAGUUCGUCAAGUGGGAGAAGAGGAAGAAGCCGGCGGGCGAGGCCGCGGGGGGUCGGGGCGGGGCGGCGGAUUCGGGGGCGGGGCGCAGGCUGAGCCCGCCCCCUCCUCGGGAGGGCGUGGUGGAGGGGGCGGAGGCCAGCCAGGAUGGGGCGGGGCUAAAGGAAGGGGGCAAGAACAGCAGCAACAGCAGCAGCAGCAGUAAUUCCAGCAGCGCCGCCAGAGGGUGGCGCUCUUGGAUGGGAAGCCCCCCGGAGUUCGUCCUGGGCGAGAUGAAGAAGAGCCAGGAGUCCCAGGGUCCGGAGGCCCCUGGAACUGCACCAGGGGCCCAGGAAGAGGGGCCCUCACCAGGCCUCCGCUGGAGCAGGCUGUUUGGAGCCGGUGUUGGCGCCCCCCUCAGGACGGAGAAGGCGGAGCAGCCUCGACUUGCCAAGUCUCAAAAGAGCAGGCUUCCGUCAGGGUGGUUGAGCCUAGACAAAUCAGUGCUGGACCUCAUGGCUCAGACGGUGGGGGCGGGGAAAAGGCCAGACUCACUUCCUCCGCCUUCUCAGAGCCAGGCCCCACCCCCGGUGCAGCAACCAGAAGCGUCAGCUGCCAAGCAACACCCACCACGGGAGGUGCGGGCCCUGUGCGACCACGACGCUCGCGAGCCCGGACAGCUCGGCUUCAGAAAGGGGGACGUCCUGAGGGUGCUGAGCCACGCCCGGCCCGACUGGCUGCUCUGCGCCCGCGGGGAGCGGACGGGCCUGGUUCCCAUCGUUUACGUCGCCCUCGCCGAGGAUCCCGCGGGCUCACGCUGAGCCCCAGCAGCUCCCGCCACACCACACCCGCCGUGGACCUCAGCUUCAGCCUCUGCCCGCCAGCUUCCGGAAGGCUCCGGAAUCCCCUGGAAACCACACUCUUAAAUUGUGAUGUAUUUACACAGUUCUGUGUUCUCUCUCUCUCUCUCUCUCACACACACACACACACACACACACGCACACAUAAACAUUGAGCUGAGGGGAGCCCCGCCCACCCAGUUAAAGGCUGUUGACUGCAGUUAUAGUCCUUAAAGAAGUGUAAGUGUAACUGUCCGUCCAUCUGUCUGUAUGUCUGUCUGUCUGUGAUCUUAUGCUCUUAUGUCUGCUGCAAGGCGCAGGGCUGGUGUACACUGCCUUAGCACACUUUGACUGGAGGAAGGGACUAGUAUUACCAUGCUUGAUUAGUGGGAAGGGCCUAUUUGACCAUGAUUUCAUUGGAGGGAGGACACCAGUAUUACUAUGCUUUACAGUACUUGUAUAAAUUAUCUAAAAUAUUAUUGGAGAAAAGUGUGUGCAUUUUUGGCUGUGAAAAAAAAGUCAGAGCAGAAAGGUCAAAGGUCACAGACAGACCAGAGGUCACAGGGAGGUCAGAAGUCAUAGAGAGGCCACAGGUCUCAGACAGGUUGGAGGUCACAGAGAGGCUGUAGAGCACAGGUUAGAGGGCCUCUUGCCCGAUGAUCCAACCCUGCUUGAUUCUGCAAUACCAAUGAAAGCUUGCAUCCUGGGGCUUCCUCAAGCUGUCUUACUACCUGUACAUCCAUUCAGCAACACGCUUUCAGACUCCUGGGCUGUGGAUUUUACAGCCUCCCUCAUGAUCAAGUUCUAAUGCUGAGGGACGGCCCGUUCUUGGGCCACUCUGCUCCAGGGAACACUCUACCCACCGGGACAGAACUCUCAGCUUGCUUGUUACCACAGUAACAGUAACCCCCCCCCCACAACCAGAACCCUGCUCCCCUACACCUCCCUGCUCAGACAAGAGAGGACUCUCAAAAAAAGAGGGGUGUGAGUUUUCUGCAUGUGCCCACCCCCCAGCAGACAUUAUGCUCAAAUCUCUGCACCCCCCCCCCCCCCCCCCCACCUUGGCAGGACUUAUGAAAACUCCAUCCACCCACCCCUCCCAUCUUAUUCACCCAAUAGCCUGCAGAGAUGGUGGGGAAAUGUAAGUAAACUGAGACGAUGUACAUGAAUUAUGUAUGUGUUGCAUUGACUUCAUUUAUUUGACUAAACGCAGCCGGUUGCUUCUGGAGGCAGUAGGCGGGGUGUGUGCAGGGGGGGGUGCAGGGCUGUGGUGUGUCCACGGGGCUUCGGAUAAACGCGUCCGUGAAAACAGGGCUGCGGGGGAAGAGUUUCGCCGUCGCACGGGCCUUCCCUCCGGAGGGUCACUGAUCGAAGGUCGAAGGUCAGCCGCCUGUAAAAAUGUAUCGAUGUAAAGGAAAAAUGGAGGUCCAUAUUUUAAGGUGCCAAAAGAACGCCACCUAACGCUUAUUUUAUUUUACAGUAUGCUCAUGUUUGCAUGUAGUUACGCAAGCUGGACUGGAAGACUGGAAUGUGGCCUUAAUAUUGUGUUAAUGAAGGGAGGUGUGGCUGGUAUGAUACUGUCGUGGUCACCCACGAGUUUGCUGAGGUAGUCUGGGAGAAUGAAGCAAUUUUAAAAGCCUGUAACUGGAUAGCAAGAUCCCAAGGUCCCCUUGGUUUAUCGUAGCCCUGCGAAAGAACAAAAUGGAUUUUCAUAAAGUCACAGUCUUAAAAUGUGCUUAACUGAGAUUUUGUGGGGAAAGGAUGCAUUCUUCAUGCUCAAAAUGUAUAAAGUUGUCAAAUAGUGAUUUUUUUGUUUGUUUUGUUUUGGUUUUGUUACUUUUUUGUUAACGAGGCUCUACAUUAUUCCAUUUGGUUGUACAAUGACAUUAUUUUUGAUAUUGCUUUUUGUAAAAAAAAAAGUAUUUUAUUAGUUCCAAGUUGUAAAUACAUUAAGUUAAUUUAAUACCAUGUUUUGAGGAGAUAUGUUCAUUGUGCAGUCAUUGACAAAGGACAACAUAGGCAUUGUUCUGCGAGUUGGCGUACUGUAGAGUGCACCAGUCACUGUGCGAUUCUGCAGUGAUUACCUGAAAGAAGACAGGAAGUCGUGAGAGGUGGAUGUUCAGUCUCUUCGGAAGUACACACAAUUGGGGUGUCGCAGCGCCCUUUUUCAGUUUGUCAGCGAGGAUGAAGAUUGUUGUUUUUGCCCAAAUUCAGAAGACGUGCCUGGGUCCGUGCAGUGCUUGUUUUGUUCAUGAGACUUAGGGGGACUGCUUGUUGCAUUUUAACAGAGAGCGAGUACAUCGGGGCCCCCUGGUGGAUGUUAUGAUCACUGCCUCAUCCAGGACUAACUGGGCUGGCCUGCUUCUCCAACCAACCGCUUGAUGUUUGCGCUUUAGGAAAAAAUGUGUCUCCAAGGGACGGCCAUUUUUUUUUUACCCAUUCAUUUUAUUUUUUGCUGCCUUCCUAAUAUUCUCUCAUUGUCUUAAGAGCUGUGCCGCUCUACCGGCUGUUAAAUACUUAAAAGUCCCAUUGAUUUCCUUUUUUUCAUCCAGGCAAUAUAUUAUGGAUGAUAUCGCUAUAAUAUGGAUAUUAAUAAAAAAUAUGCUCAUGUGA